CGCAGUUGUCGGAUUUCGUGAGUGUGGGUGACAGCUGACGUGGGCUGACACGAUGUCAAAUUUCGUAAAAUUCCGCUUUUUCAUGUAACCAAAAUUGCAAAAUUCACUGAGUCCGCGGCAAAUUUACGUGAAAUCGAGCAAGGUUCAAUGGUAUGAGGUCAACUGGGUAUGUCAUCUCCGGUACAAGAGUCGGACUAUAACACCUCGCCAACACCUGACCCAGGGACCACUCACAAUAAUGACCCCGACGCUGUCGCGACAGACUCAGAUAGCGACACCGAUAAUCCCGAAGCAAGCGUGGCAGACCCGACAAACCGUCCCACGAUAACCCUCAAAAUGUUAAACUUGUGCAAGGAAUUCUUGAUCAUGAUUAUCAUCGCAGUGGCUUACGCUGCCUUAACUAACGAGACUCCCCCGAAAGUGAGCAAAAGUCCAGCUGCGUAUCCCUUUUUCCCUCAGAAUUCCAUAGUGACGGAUUGGUACCGGGGGCAAAUCACGGAAGCAAUCGAAGAUGCGCGCUCGUCUGACAUCGCGUUUGUCAUGUUUUACGCCCCGUGGGACGCCGAGAGUCAGACGGCGCGCAAACAGCUGGAAAUCGCCGCGCAUUAUAUGCAAAAUGAGGUGGCUUUUGUCGCGGUUAACUGCUGGCAGCCAGGCAGCGAGUGCAAGAGGCAGUAUAGCAAGGUGUACAAGUGGCCCGUUUUGAUCGCUUACCCCACACACGGGAGGGGGAUUCAAUAUAACGGGCCUUUGGAGGCCUUCCACAUAAUCAAAUUUUUGCAAAAUGUCUGCAAGCCUAUUUUGCGUCCUGAAACAAUUGAUGAACUCAUAGGCAAACAUGACACUGUCGUGUUGGCUAAAAUAAAUGUUUUGCCAGGCAGUUAUGAAUAUGCCGUUUUUUAUUCAACUGCGCUGAGGUUCCUAGAAAGGGACCCCUUCAGGGAUUCGAUUUUUGCAGUCAUACCUCAGAAAUCUGACGUUGAGCCCUCCAUAAGCCUCCAUAUUUGGAAUGGAACAAUUGAUUUUGAAGGCGAACUGACCAUUGAGUCACUAACAUCCUGGAUUUUGAAAAAUUCGUAUCAAAUCACCAAUUGGGCGGCCCCAACUGGAAUGAAAAGCUUAAGUCUCUCAAAUUUCAUGCAACCCGGACCCACCCUUAUUUUAUUCACCCCUAAAAAUCCUCUUUUGCAACAAAUCGACCACUUUGAUAUGUUGCGCGAAGCCGCUUAUGACUACUACAAUUGUGCCAACAAUUCUAACCUCACUAUACGACAAAAACUUAUAACUGAAUCACGAUUGAGAAAUCGCAGGAAUUAUCAAAAAAUGACACAAAAAUGUCACCUCCCAACUGUGAUUACGAAUUUACCCAAUAUUUGGACGAACAAUACGGAUAUUUGUAAUUGUGUGGACAAAGAGUCUUUGAAUAAAUUUUGCGAAAGUACGGUCCUGACGAGUAAGCCGACAAUACAGAAAACUGUAAACCGGUGUCGUGAUUUUCUAUUGGCGCAAAAGCACAGUCCGGUUGUUUUUGAGUCACGUGGCCUCGAAAGCGGGGUUAAUAUCACAGGGGCGGCUUGUGCAAGCAAUUCAAGCUUGAAAUUCGUAGCGAUUGAUAGUUUGAGGUUUUAUCAAUUUGCGGAAAGGUUGGGGGUGGAUUUGGGGAAAAGGGAGAGGCAGAAAAGUGGGGUUGUUAUUGUUAAUGAAAAGAUGGAGACUCAUUACGUCAUGACUGAAAAUGUAAAUAGCGGAAAUUUACGUUUCUUUAUUUUUAAUUUCACACAAAAGACUUUACCAAGAUCUCUACAGUCAAAAGUGCACAUGAAGGCGAAGUCUGAUCAUGUUUAUCCUCACUUGAAUUGUUCAAAGUCAAGUCAGUUUUGUGUGAGGGAACUGACAAGUGAUGAUUUUUUACCAACUGUGCUUCAACCUAACAAAGUGGUUAUUGUUUAUUAUUAUUCUAAACAAUGUGCAUUUUGUAACGGUUUUGCCUACAUGUUUUUGACUGCAGCAAAAUUAUUGACUCCUGUUAAAGAUAUAACUUUUGUAAGAAUAGACGGCGAUUCUAAUUUACUGCCAUGGGAGUACACUAUGGAGAGCUUUCCAACAAUUCUAUUUUUUCCGUCUAUUAGAAAAUCGGAAUCUCGCGCUUUUCCUAGGAAUCUCCCAAUAACGGUGCCAAAUCUCCUGGGAUUUAUUCUAACAAAUAUCGACCCCAUUCUCAAACUCAAAACCAUGUGGUGUAUUUGUUGCCAAACGAAGUUCCCCGAUGAGAAAACCAGAUGUGUCACCUCACUCCGUAUGGAAACACUGACCAUAAUUGGGACAACAUUGCGCGAAUGGCGGAAUUCCACCCGAAAGCAGAAAGUUUUAUACAAGUUACAAGUGUUAAGACAACUGCAUCUAUUAUUUGCUCACUCUCCUGAAGAAACUUCAAAAAUUAAUAUCAAUUUGAAUAAAUUACGAGAUUGAUUCAGGCCAAAGUCAAGUGCACUUAAACAAAAAACAUUCCGAAUUUAUGUAUUUUGGGAUGUACUCAUUUAGUUUUUACCCUUGUAUCUGUGAUAAUAAUGGUUGAAUAAAAGUUUAUAACAG